CCCAUGAUAUCCACCUUUUACAUGGAUCAUACAAUUUAUAAAUAUUUACAACCAUAAUAAUUAAUCAAUGUAUUAAUGAUCAAUAACUAGUGGAUGCAUCAAUAGUGAACAAUUAAAUAAUUUAAUUCAUAAUUAGAUUUUAUGGGUAUUAAUGUAAUUAUGGAUUAAAUUAAAAAACUAAACAAAACACUAUAAAUCCACAGCUCCUGCCCCACAACUCCAACAAGGAGAUCACAUAAUUCAGGAUCUGGGAGAUGGAAAAUCUGUAACUCCACAUCCUAAUAUACAAACUCUUCUAUAUUACAUCACUUUAUUAUUAUGUUUUGUUAUAUCAAGCACAAUGCAGAUGUAUUUAUUUGUUCCUGAUCAUCUUACAGACUCUUACAAUAACAGCACAACAAUUUCAGCUGCUCUUAUAUCUGGUAUAGAAUAAGCAGGGGGUGUAAGUCUUAGUCAACAUCCAUAGUUGUAUCUAUUUGUAUCUCUGUAACUUGUGUCAGCACCUGGGAAAUAUUACUUGUUACAAUUUGGUAACAUGUAAAGAGUAUAAUACAAAGCUCUCACCACCAGGUGUCGCUAUUGUAACACAAUGUAUCUGAUCUGUAUAAACUGUAACUGUAAGGAUUUAUACUGCUGUGAUAAAUAGACGAUCUCUAUGGAUAGAUGUGAUUUAAGGAAGUUAUUGAUUUACCCAAAUUUGGAGGUACAUUUAACUCUUUCGUUAACUGGUUGUACACAUGGUGUUAUUCAUCCUGAGAAUUGAUGGGUUUAUUUGUUUUUAUGGUAUUAACACGUGGGAUCAGGCUCUCGGACGAUUAUUCUCGGUCACUCUCAUUGCACAUAUCGGGGCUCCAUAUAAUGUCGUACAAUGUGUGCAGAGUCUUGGUGCCCGGGGGUGAGCAGUCCUGUAGACCUGGUAAUGCUGCCCGAGUGAUCGAUCCAUUCACAAGAUUUGUUCUGCCAUCUGCUGCUCCCCGCACACACAUUAUACACCUGACAGAUUAUUGUGCUGCUAUUGAUCCUCUCCCAUGUGUGUAACAUACAGCUCACACACCUGCCCGAUCACCAUUCCCGCUCGGUACAAUGACGACUGCUCUUCUCUAGAAUGUUGGGGAGAAUCGCGGUAAGAAAAAAAACUGAUUAUUUAGAAUCGGAAAAAUGCAGCAAACGUUUUGGAAUGGGCGGGAAAUUCAAAACCUUCUUGUCUCGUGUUCAGCCAAUCAACGGAAAGGGGGGAGGGUCAGGAAUGUAAAUGUGGUUAUAAGAAACGCCCUGGAUGAUGUCAUCUUUGUUCCAGUUUUCUUUCAGGUCCGCCCAUGUGCUAUAUAAGCCGGACUCGGCCGCACUCAGUAUCUUGCAGUCUACUCGCUACAUAGAGAAGAUGUCUGGACGCGGUAAAGGAGGGAAAGGUCUCGGUAAGGGCGGAGCCAAGCGGCACAGGAAGGUGCUCCGGGAUAACAUCCAGGGCAUCACCAAGCCUGCCAUCCGCCGUCUAGCUCGCAGGGGAGGUGUGAAGCGCAUCUCCGGCCUCAUCUAUGAAGAGACUCGCGGUGUCCUGAAAGUCUUCCUGGAGAACGUCAUCCGUGACGCCGUCACCUACACCGAGCACGCCAAGAGGAAGACCGUCACCGCUAUGGACGUGGUGUACGCCCUCAAGCGCCAGGGCCGUCGUUCUCCAUCACUUCUCCGCUGUGUACGUGUACAGAGGAUCAUGGCCAGGACCAAGCAGACCGCGCGUAAAUCCACCGGAGGGAAAGCUCCCCGCAAGCAGCUGGCUACUAAGGCCGCCAGGAAGAGCGCUCCCGCCACUGGUGGGGUGAAGAAGCCUCACCGCUACCGUCCAGGUACAGUGGCUCUCCGUGAGAUCCGCCGCUACCAGAAGUCCACCGAGCUGCUGAUCCGGAAGCUCCCCUUCCAGCGCCUGGUAAGAGAGAUCGCCCAGGACUUCAAGACCGAUCUUCGCUUCCAGAGCUCGGCGGUUAUGGCCCUGCAGGAGGCCAGCGAGGCUUACCUGGUGGGACUCUUUGAGGACACCAAUCUAGCAGUCGUCAUUAAGAUGUCUGGACGCGGUAAAGGAGGGAAAGGUCUCGGUAAGGGCGGAGCCAAGCGGCACAGGAAGGUGCUCCGGGAUAACAUCCAGGGCAUCACCAAGCCUGCCAUCCGCCGUCUAGCUCGCAGGGGAGGUGUGAAGCGCAUCUCCGGCCUCAUCUAUGAAGAGACUCGCGGUGUCCUGAAAGUCUUCCUGGAGAACGUCAUCCGUGACGCCGUCACCUACACCGAGCACGCCAAGAGGAAGACCGUCACCGCUAUGGACGUGGUGUACGCCCUCAAGCGCCAGGGCCGCACUCUCUACGGCUUCGGAGGUUAAUUCUGCUUCUACUCGGCUCCAUCACAUCAACCCAAAGGCUCUUCUCAGAGCCGCCCACAUGUUCUAUGGAAAGGCUACAAUUCCUUGUGUCUUCUCUACUGAGAGGUUGUGUGAUCGGUGUUUUGCUCUUGUGGUUGCGGUGUUUGUUUUUCCCUGUCCUGCCAUAAUCGCUGCACCUGAUCAGUCUAUCGGUAUUUCCCUCCUAUCUGCUCCGGGGGAUCUCCUCUGAAUGUUCUGACUACUGCCCUCAUCUUCCUCCGUGAUUAUAGUUACUGUUACAAUCUACAUUCAUCUUCUCCAGAUUACAUUACUUCCCUCCCCACCAUAUCACUCAUUACCUCCCUAAAGAGUCCGUGUUAUAGAACAUGCAAAUCUCCUGAUAAUAUCCCGGUAAGA